AUGAUUUGGACGUGUGAAAAGCUUCAGCAAUCAGGUUUCAAAGGUGUAUCUUUGGGUGGCAAUGACGCCUCACAAGCUACUCUUUUACUGGGAAUGUUCUAUUCUGAUGGUUACACCCUGGUGGAGGACAAUGGCGCCUUGAAACGUCGAUGGAAAGAUCUAUGCUUGCUAACUGCCUCGGCGUGGCGGCCCUGCUCCUCUCCAUCCACUAGAAUUGCCAUUGCUUUUAUUGUGAUGUUCAUGAUGUUGGUUUGGUUGAUAAAUUUGGCAUUGCUGUCUAGUGAUGUUGGUUGUGUAGUUAAUGGAAUGCAGAGGAAGAUAAUGUCCAUUAGGCCUGAUGAAGUCUUUAUAAUUAUAUUAGUUAUAAUUUUAUAUGUUCCUUCCGAGUUUGAUGCAAACAAUAGAUGA